UGAUGAAAUGUGCAGAACCGCAAUGGCCGCAACCAAGCGGAGUUCUCCGAUAUCGUAGAAGAGUUUGAUCUGUGCAGAUGAGCAGUAAAACGAAACGGUCAUCGAUUCAUUUUGCAUAAAGAGAAUGGCGGGAUUAGAGGGCUAUGAGAGCGUGUACAGGGGGAGGCCCGCCAGAUCAUGGGAAAGGAGAUCACCCUAUCCAGAGAUGUAUCAAGGCCGAGAGGUUAUCCAUCCUUUAGAAAUACCUGUUACCCAUCCCCUGGCGGAAGAUAAUCCACCGGCUGUUGAAGAUCACAUGACUGUGACCAAGUAUGUAGGGAUAGGUUGCGGACUGGCGGGCUUGAUCACGGAACACUUGUUGAUCCACCCUUUCGUGGUGUUACGAAGGCAAUGCCAAGUUAAUCCAAGUGCGACAAAGUACCAUUUAAUACCUGUAACGUUAGUGCCAGUGAUAAUACGUUUACAUCAAACCCAAGGUAUAAAUACACUGUGGAAGGGAAUUGGUUCGGUUUUGCUCGUAAGAGGCAUGACACUGGCGAUUGAGGAUUUGAUUUCGAAACUCACACCAUGGCCAAAAAAGAUUACUUGUAGUAGCUCGUUGAGAUCAUUCGGUCAAUAUAUCCUGCUCAAAUGUAUUUCCACCGGCAUAGUGACGCCCUUCUAUUCCGCAUCGCUUGUGGAGACCGUUCAGUCGGAGAUCGCCUCCGAAAGUCCAGGAAUGUUGGACGUUUUUCGAGACGGUGCGAUCCGCCUGCUUGAUGUGUGCAAUAAGGGUAGACUCAUCCCCAUUUACGCCCUUGUGCCACCCACUAUAAUCUACGCAGUAUCAAAACACCUUUUCUCAAUUAUCGUGAAAGGAGUUUCUAGUCGAGUUAUGCAAGUUAGACACAAACAUUUGCAGGAAGCGAGAGGCGCGUACAGUAAAGAUAUACUAUCUGAAAGCGUCCUCCAGGACAUAGAGAUGCAGUCUACAAUUAUUUCGAUAUGCGCUGCGGAUGUCGCGUUUUAUCCUAUCGAAACUGUUAUUCAUCGAUUACACCUUCAGGGUACGCGCACCAUCAUCGACAACUUGGAUACCGGAGGAAGUGUUACACCGUUGUUAACUGGCUAUAACAGUGCAAUCGACUGUUACCGCACGAUAAUUUCAAUGGAGGGACCGUACGGCUUGUACAAAGGAUUCGGUGCCGUUAUUUUGCAAUACGCAAUGCAUUUCAUGGUAUUGCGCGCAGCUAAAUGGCUGUUGACGGAACUGAGUACGAUGUUAAUUCCAAGAUCUACGCCGAGAAGACCACAGAACCCUUCGUACUAUAAUGAGAUAUGAGGGAAGUAUGCUAGUUCUGUAACAAACUGUAAUAUAUAUAUAUAUAUAUGAAAUUAUUUAUUAUUCGUUAACUCGUGAAAUGAAGGAUUAAAUUUCUAACAAACAUGAUUUUUACACCGUUAUCACAGUUUUCACCGUUUUUCUAAUGAAUUAAGAUUUAACACACGGGAUUUAACACAAUAGAGGUUUUUUCAUCAAUUUUUUAUAUUAAUAACAACGACGUAGUAUCUUUUUUUGUAUUUGCGAGAAUAAAUUAUGCAAAUUUUCUAUCUCUCAUUAUACAACACAGAUGCAAAUUAAAUAGCAGAUUAAAUAAAGCUCUACUUGCACAUUCUCAGAACGCCAAGUGUUAAACGUGUGAAGAUUGUGGACAAUAUAUUUGUAAACAUAUAGUCAAUUUUGUAUAAUCUAAUCAUUAUAAUCCAGUGAAUACUUUCCACACGUUAUACAAUUAAUUGAAUGUAAAUUUUAAAUUAAAACUUUCUGCAAGUAAAGUGAUCUUUUCAUGAGACAAAUAAAUUAAGUAUUUACUACGUAUAAUUAUAUAUAAAUUUAUUUACAAGUACAGGAUUAUUUUGUAUAAUUGUAUCAGAUCAUCAAGAAAUAAACAUUUAGGAAUAAAAUCACGCAAAUAUGU